CUGCAGCGCUGGCUGGGAAUAUCAAAAGCAUUGAUGCAAAUGCAAUUACAGCCCUGGGCAGCGAAAGCACUGGACUGACAACCGGACAGAUUACAUCAACCUCAUCAUCUGUCAUUGUGUCAUCUCUUCAAACUCUGAGCACAGUCACAGGCUGGAACCAGGGACAGGCAAUGGCAAUUGUACAAGUACUAAUGAAGGGCAACUUUCAGAUUGACAGUGGUGAGAAGCUACAACAGCUUGGCUCUCUAGUGGCUGGUGUUUCCGCAAGUACAAUCACAAACAUUGACGCCUCUCAACUAUUACAAACAUCUAAGAAUCAAGUUUUCAUAACCAACAUCAUGACUGCCCCACAAAUUAUACAGCAGACGUUUGUUAACCAGAUUAUCACUGUUAACAGUCAGCCAGUGACUCUACUGGAAAAUGUCCCUGAUACUUUGGCAACAGGAAUUCCAAGGACAUAUCUGUCUGGAUUUUCUCAAGAAACUGUUGUGGUGGAGAAAAUUAACAGAAAAAGUUGGAAAUACGAACAGGCUGUUCUGUUCUUUGAUACAGUGGCAAAUGGUUUCAGUGACCCAAAUGUAAUUUCAUCUUCUGUGUUGCAAGGAUUUACAUGCACUCGCGUGCAGACUUUCGCAAAAGUGAAAGUCAAAAAUCUCAUCAAAGCUUGUAGGCGAGGGGGAGUAAACAAGGUGGUUCUACGGGAAUCCCAGUUAACCUGCAUGUACAAUUACAUCAAAGAUGAUGACCCAGGAAGCUUCCUGGAAUAUCCACCUGACAUGCUACUAUAUUAUGAUUACGAGAAGGUACCUCAAGGAAGCUGCAGGGGGUACUUCACAGAAAUUGGAGCUGCCAAUUUUGACGUUCUGUCAGAGUCAUUGAUAGACAAAAAAAUCACUUUGCUGGACAAUGCCAAAAACUGCCUUGGUAUAACAGGAACAACCAUCAGCGGAGGAAACAUAGAGGUGCUGGGCAACAUGUGCUGCACAUUGGAUGGGUCCUAUAUUAACAACUCUGAUAGUCUGAUCCUGGAGAAACUGAAGAACUGCAACGAUCUCUCUGACACACAGAUAAAAUCUAUAGAGUAUGUUCUGCUUGCUGGAAACACUAAAUAUGGACAACCUUCAACAUGGAACUCACAAACCCUGGAAAAGCUGGACUCUCUUCCAUUGUACAUGACGAGUACAUUCUGGAGUAAAUUCAGCUCUAGAGAGAUAAAAAAAUUCCUCAAAUCUUUCUUGAAAGCACGGCGAAAAGACAGAACUGAAAGGAGAAAACUUAAAAAACUUUUCAAUGCAUUAACCAGGUCUUCGAGAUCAAAACGUGCAGCAGUGAGUGAGUGCACUGUCGGCAUGAUUACACAAGUCACUAUAAGUGACGAUGCAUUCCCGUUUGGAUACGAUUUCUCGACGUUCAACAUUUGUUUGACUGCUACAACUGUGAAGGACAAUCUGGCAGCCCUUACUGGAAAGGUUUAUGAUGAUCCUUUUCAAAGGGUCAUUUUGGACAAAUUGAAUCAGGCAUACCCCACAGGUAUUCCAGAUGAGCAGGUUCAAGUGCUUGGGUCAGUUUCUCGUGUAGCUUUAGCAGAUGACAUUAGCAAGUGGAAUGUCACCAAGAUUGACACUCUUGCCGCAUUGAUGAACCCAGAUGAUGGACAGUGGGAACCAGAUAAGAGCAGGGCCAUCAUCACAAAAUACUUAAACACUGCGGGAAACACUCUGGGCACUGCUGAACUGAAUUCAAUAGGAGGGCCAAACCUGUGCUCACUUGACGCCAGUGUGCUGAAGGGCAUAAACCCAGACAGCCUAAGAAAUGCAAAUCCAUUGACUAUUUCAAAUUGCACCACUGAGAAGAAAAAAGAGCUAUUCAGUGUUGCCAACAACGCCUUCUCAAACCGAAAUGCCAUCUCAGUGACAGUCUACCAACUCAUGCAACCUUAUCUGGAUGGCGCUCCAUUGGACUACAUAGUAAGCCUAUCCACAUCAAAUGUUAGCAUGGAUAUGUUAACAUUUACUAGCCUGGAUGAAAAUGUCAUCAUGGCUCUAACAGUGAAUCAUGUAAAAGGGCUCUUGGGUAGAAAUUUACCUGAUUUGAAGACCUAUGAGAACCAGACAGUAGUAGCAAACUGGAUUUCAGGCCAAUUCAGAUCAGACCUGAAUACUCUUGGUUUGAAUCUUGUUGGGGGAAAACCUGACACUGUUCCAACAGGAGUGGGUGUAAUCAAUACCACAGCAACAGCAACAGUAACAACAGGAUCAUCAACAACAGUAGUAACAGGGACAACAAAUUCAACAACAGCAUCAGGUCACGGUGGAGAAAGCACAAAAUCAACUCAUGUUCUGCAUGGCCUUUUACUCGCUAUGGCCUUGACUGCCUUGCAGAUACUGCAGUAACUUAUUAAUUACAAUAUUCAAUGUUUACUUAAUGUUUUACUUUUUUUUUUUGCUAUCUUACCACAAUGAAAUGUCGUAAAUAUCAAUGAAACUAAUAAUUUAUGCUUUAAUCAUAUGCAUAUGCCAUAUAUGUUAAAUGUAUUUUCUAUUUGAGGGUAUUUCUAAUUUAUCCUCAUUUUUUUAAUUACAGUUACAAUACUUUUCUCAGUUGACUAAUACAGUGAUGAUUGCUAUGUUUGCUUAUGGUUAACCAUUACAGCUUAUACCAGAUUCUAACAUGUUGGGGGGUCUCUUUGUUUCCAGUUUAUCUGUAUAAUAAGUCACAUAUCACUAUGUUGCUCAGGGAACAUUAGCACACUUAAUAUUAGAAUUUAAAAUAACAAUAUUAAAUUUAGAUGUUUUAAAUUUUGCCACAUUUCCAAGGAGGAACAGUGUUUCAGAGCUCUGUGGCAUUAAUAUUCCUGUAAAUUCAUAAUGUUAAAUUACACAGAAGUAAUUUGAAAAAUCAACCUUAAUAUACAGAUCAUGAUGCAGAAAAUACAGUAGUGCAUUUAUAACACAUCUGUUUGUGCAAUAACAUGAAAUUGUUCAUCUUAUUAAAAGAACUGUCUUAUUAAAAAAUAGCCUG